GGGGUGGGGUGGGAAGGGGCCGUUUCCCACACAACCGGCGGAGACACCCCCGGUGAGGGGGACAGGACAAAGGGGGCUGCCCGAUCCCCUCCGGCUGCCUUUGCCGGAGGAGGAGCGGCGGGGCGGGCAGCAGCAGGGUCCCGGGCAGCCCCCGCCCCUCACAGCGCGGCCCCGCUCCCCUCGCGGGGCGGGGAAGGAUCCCGUGGUGCGGGGCGGCGCGAGGCGUUCCCCGCGGGAAAGCUCGGCCGAGCGCCCGUGAGGGGCUGCCGGCAUGUCGGCACCGCGCUGCCCGCAGUGCGCCCAGCCCUGCGCGUCGCCGCGGCUGCUGCCCUGCCUGCACUCGCUGUGCGAGCCCUGCCUGCGCCGCCUCGGGCCGCCGGAGGGCCCGGCGGCCGGGCGGUGCCUGACGUGCGGCCUCCGCCUCUGCCGCUUCUGCUGCCGGGCGCACAGGAGACAGAAGAAAACGGCCUCCCAUGCUGUGACAGAGCUGGAGAACAGCAAGGAUUGCAGCCAGGGCGGGAAGCCUCUCCUGUGCCCCUCCCAUCCCACAGAGGAGCUGCAGCUGUUCUGCGAGCAGUGUGACCAGCCCGUGUGCCGGGACUGCCUUCUGGGCAGACACCGUCAGCACCCCUGUGACCUCACCAGCAAUGUCAUCCACAGGCACGGGGACGCCCUGCGGGAGCUGCUGAGGAGCAGCCAGCAGCACAUGGACACCCUGGAGGAUGUGCUGAGCCAGGUGGAUGAGAUGGGCAGUGCUGUCCGCAGUCGCGCAGAGGCUGUGGCCACAGAGAUCUGCCUGUUUGCUCGGGGCUACGUGAAGGCGAUUGAAGAGCACCGGGACCGGCUGCUGAAGCAGCUGGAGGACUUGAAGGUGCAGAAGGAAAACCUGCUGCACUUGCAGAAGGCCCAGCUGCAGCAGCUGCUGCUGGACAUGAGGACAGGCGUGGAGUUCACGGAGCACUUGCUGAUGAGCGGCUCAGACAUGGAGAUCCUCAUCUCCAAAGGGGUGGUGUCCAGCCGUCUCACAAAGCUCAACAGCACUGCCUACAGCACCCACCCCAGUGUGGAUGACAGGAUCCAGUUCUCCCCCCAUGAGAGGGCAGGGCAGUGUUGCGGCUAUGAAGUUUUGGGGGCCAUUCUCAAUAAAGUGGUUGAUCCAACCCGAUGUACCCUGCAUGGGGAAGAUCUCCACAGUGCCCGUCAGAACCAGCUGAGUGGCUUUACCCUGCUGUGCAAGGACACUGCAGGGGAGCGCAUGGGGCGGGGAGGAGAGGCUGUGCGGGUCACCAUCACCCACAAGGACAAGAGGGACUGUGAAGUCAAGCCAACAGUGUGUGAUAAUGGUGAUGGGACCUACUGUAUUUCCUACAGCCCUGAGGAGCCAGGCUUGUAUGCUGUCUGCGUCUGUGUGAAAGGGCAACAUGUGCAGGGCUCUCCCUUCACUCUGAUGGUGAAGCACAAGUUCCGUGAGCACCAGGGGGUGUUUCACUGCUGCACCUUCUGCUCCAGCGGAGGCCAGAAAGCCGCUCGCUGUGCCUGUGGUGGGACCAUGCCAGGUGGAUACCAAGGCUGUGGCCAUGGACACACAGCAAAACUCCUGGAUAUGGCUUGUGCAGCCUUGGCAAGGCAUUUACCAACCCAUAGCUGGGGAAAUGGCAUCUCUGAUGAGGAAGAAGAGGCACUUCCCUGGAAGGGCAAUUGCCACCCUGCUGCCAUCUGCUUGCCUGAGUGA